CAUUUUCCUUGUUCAAUCUACUCCUCCACCUUCCACCUUCCACCUUUAUAUAUAUAUAUCAAUGGUUAUUUAUAUGCCUUUUAUUCUCAUCUCAUUUUCUUCUUUUUUCUUUUUUUUUUCUUUUUUUUCUUUUUUGUCAUCUGUUUCAUCCAAAUUUAUAUUAAAAAAUAGCCAGCAAUCAGACCCACUUUCCCAAUUCCACCAAAUCCCCCCUUGUUAGAUGCUGAACUUUUUCACUUUUUAAUCAAAUUGUUUAAUCCAGAAGUUGUUUUCUUUCCUAUUUUAAUUCUUUGAAUUUUGGUUUGUUGCUUUCUUUGGGUUCCUAAUGAGCACAUGUGAUCAUGGAUGUCUGUAGACUUUUACCUUACGAGCUCUGGUAUUCUGGUUUGUAGAAAGUUUAGGAGUAUAAGCCCCAGUUCUGUUGCUCUUUCCGAAUUCCAAAACCUGGGUGUUGUUCAAUUGGAAAACCUGUUGGGUUUGAUCCAAAUUAAUUGAACCUUGGCCAAAACUCCAAAAAUAGAAUGAAAAAAAAAAGGUUCUUACUUAAGAUUUGAGAACUGGGUGUCCUUCAAUAGAAGCAAUUUUAUUAUUUGUUUAAUCAGUGUAGAUUGAAUUGAUUGGAAGUAGUUUGUUUCACCUCUAUGUGGGUGUAUGAAUACUUGUUGGUAUUUGUUCAGCCCCUUAUUCCCACCUUAUAUUCUAUUUUCCUGUAAUAUCAGCCUCCAGGAUUUCACUUCAUCUGAUUUUGAAGUCUUCAUUGUUAUCAAAUUCAGUUUAUUUAGCCUCAGUUUUCUAGAGUUAUUGAGCUAUAUAUUUCUACGUUUCGUAUGCUUAUUUGUUGUUGUUCAGUUGAUAAUUUAAGAUAUAGUUUGUAUUAAUUCCAUAUCUUCUCAAUUCGAGCAGUAGAUACUUCUCUUCUAUUCAGCAUUCAGCUUUUGUUCAAAUGUCGGAUUGAUAAUUCCUUAUUCAAUCUUUGUUCUUGCGUGUGUCAUGUUUCUCAAUAUCUGUUAGCAUGCUUAUUUCAUAGGAGUCAAUGUCAAUUGUAUGCGGUGUUCCCCUUCUUGAAUGUGUGUACUGUCUGGCAUGUGCUCGUUGGGUGUGGAAGAAGUGCCUGUACACUGCAGGCCAUGAAAGUGAGAACUGGGGUCUUGCAACUGCUGAAGAAUUUCAACCCAUCCCCCACCUAUGUCGAUUAAUCCUAGCCGUCUAUGAGGAAGACCUUCGAAACCCACUUUGGGCUCCCCCUGGAGGGUAUGGUAUUAAUCCUGAUUGGGUUAUCUUACGCAAGAACUAUGAAGAAACCCAAGGGAGGGUUCCUCCUUACAUGAUCUACCUUGAUCAUGAUAAUGCUGAUAUAGUCCUAGCAGUCAGGGGACUUAAUUUGGCAAAGGAAAGUGAUUAUGCAGUCUUGCUCGAUAACAAACUUGGGCAGACAAAAUUUGAUGGUGGUUAUGUUCACAAUGGUUUGUUGAAGGCAGCUGAAUUGCUUUUGGAUGCAGAGUGUGAGGUUCUGAGGGAACUGAUUGAGAGGAAUCCCAAUUAUACCUUAACCUUUGCGGGGCAUUCCCUAGGGGCAGGGGUAGUAACAUUGUUGGCUAUGGUGGCAGUUCAGAACAAAGAUAAGUUGCACAACAUUGAGAGGAAGAGGAUCAGAUGCUAUGCAACUGCUCCUGCUAGGUGUAUAUCCCUGAAUUUGGCUGUGAGAUAUGCAGAUAUCAUCAAUUCUGUUGUCCUUCAGGACGAUUUCUUACCUCGGACAACCACUGCUCUGGAAGAUGUUUUCAAGUCACUUUUCUGUUUGCCAUGUUUACUAUGCCUAAUGUGCUUGAAGGAUACAUGUACAUUGGAGGAGAAGAUGCUUAAAGAUCCUAGGCGACUAUAUGCGCCCGGUCGUCUCUAUCACAUUGUUGAGCGGAAGCCAUUCAGGUUUGGAAGAUUUCCCCCAGUUGUGAGGACAGCAGUACCUGUGGAUGGGAGGUUUGAGCACAUAGUACUUUCUUGCAAUGUGACUUCGGACCAUGCCAUCAUUUGGAUAGAGAAAGAAUCCCAAAAGGCUUUUGAUUUAAUGCUGGAGAAAGAUCAGAUCAUGGAGAUCCCAGCAAAGCAGAGGAUGGAGCGGCUGGAGUCUGUGGCCAGAGAACACACGGAGGAGUACAAGGCGGCACUCAAGAGGGCUGCCGCCCUCGACGUUCCUCAAGCUUACUCACCUUCUGCUUAUGGAACAUUCAGUGAAAUGGGUGAAGGGGAGGGCAGAGGGGAGAAUUCCGGCAGAUUGAGUGAAGAACAAGUUCCCAUUCUUUCCUCAAGGAGGAGGAGGGAAAGCUGGAAUGAACUGGUUGGGAGGCUCUUCCACAGAGAUGAUUCUGGCCAAAUGGUGCUCAGGCCCUAGAGGAUGGAGAAAUUGGUGGUAGUGUAGCUUUAGCCAAAGAAGAAAGAAGAAUUCAUUCAUUUAUUCAUUCAUACCAUUCCCAAUUUACAAUGGGGGAAGAUUAUGAUUGCAUUAGGAUUGAUAACCAAACAGUACAGGAGGAGAAGAAGGUUGGUUUCAUCAUUUGUAUUCAAAUGUAAGUACACUUGAAUGGUCAAGGGUUAUCAAUAUGCUUUUGAGAAGGAAGGUUGCAUCAUUUGUAUCCAAAUGUAAACAUACUUGAAUUGGUCAAGGGUCA